AUGAGCGCUGGUGGUGCUAUCACUACUACUGGCGCUCGUCCAGUCGUCCCUCCCAUCAACACAACCAACCUCCCUCCUCCUGCUCCACCAAUUCCGAACUUUCAUAAUGCGAACAGAGGAGCAGGAGGAGCGCUUGGGAACAAACCUGUACCGCCGCCACCUCCGAAAAGUCCUUUGCGCGCUUCCUCUCGCGCUACUACACGUGAACAGUAUCAAGAACGUGCAGCGUUAGGAAGGACGAGGAGCGGUUCUGCGGGGUCGACGAGCAGCUCGAUCUCUCGAAGACGUGGCGAUGGGAAGGUUAUCCAGCUUACUAUGCCCACACCUCUUAGUGCGCUUGACCCGCCUACGCCUACACGCGCGGAACAGAUUCCUUCUCCUACUUCUCUAGGACAAGGACAGGCUCAGCUGGCUUCUAUGUUGGAGAAGACGAGGAAGGCACGGGAUACUACGACGGGAGGUACGGGAGGACCAGGGAACCUCUAUCCUCCUCCCGCUUCUCCGCUCAAUAUCAAGAAAAAGGCACCACAGCGACCCGGUACGGGUAACAGCAACGGUAAUAUAAUAAGACGAGAAAGCUCGUUCUCGAAGCUGGGUAAACGCCUCACGCGGAAGCCGAGUAUGGCUUUCACUGGUUUGAACUUGCAAAGGAUGGGGAUGGGGAGGAAGAGGAGUAGUAAUGGGAGCGGCGGUGGGUAUAAACGGAGUGGGAUAUCUUCUGAGGAUGUGUUUAGAAACUUGGACCGAAGUCAAGGAGAGCGAGGACAGGGACAGAGUGGAGACGUUGGUGGUGAUGAUGAUAAUGUGCCACUGCAGACAUUGCAACAACAACGACAGAGUGGGGGAUUGACGAGGAGGCUUUCGAAGAAGAAGCAGAUGCAGCCGUCGACGCAGACUCAGAAGCAGAGGCCUGGUCAAGGAGAAUGGACGAGGAGACGCUCGAGUUUGGCGAAGCUUGCGAGACGGGAGUCGGUAAAACUGAAAAGUAUUUUGAAAAACCCUAUCAGGUCUCAACCUCAACCACAACCGGCGAACAAGAACCAGGCUGAACUUUUGCCACAAUCUACUCCUAAGCCUCGAGCAGCUGUUGCUGGACCUACUGGACGUACUACUGGAUCUUCUGGUGUUGACGCGAACUCAAAUUUGGGCAUGGCGCAACCGCGGACAAAGACUGUGAACAGUGUAACCUGGGAUUCUUCGCCGCCUCGAGAAGGUACUGCUCCUACUUCUACUACUACUCCUACCGAUGCGGGAAGAAGACGUUCAGGAACUGGGACGAAGCUGCGAAGUAUCCUCAAGCCAAGUCCAAGUGUAAAUCCUGAACUCAUUGCACCUGUCCCUACUAAGCCCUCAACUCUUCUGUCGGCAGCAAUGGCACUGGAAGCUGACAAAGAGAAUGCUCAACCUAUGCAAAUGCCAAUACCGAUGCAAGCGAAUAAUGACCAAGGUGAGGAUUAUGUUGGUUGGAGAGAGAACUUUAUCAAGGAACUUGUCGUAGCUAUUGCUGACCAACCUCAACCUCAACCAACUCUAUUUGAAAAUGCACGAACGAGGCUUCAAAGGACAAGAACGCAAAGCACCAAUCAACCUCUAAUCGCUAAGGAAUCAACACCAUCACCACCCCUGCCACCAAUAACGACAACUACAACAGCAAAGGAAACAAAGAACCGAAUGUCAACUGCUAGUGGUGCUAGUUCUACUACCGGGAAAGACAUACUCAACGAAAUUGAUCUGAAACAGCUUUCUGCUUCUGAGGCGCGGAAGUUAAUUAGGCAACAUAAUCGACAGUAUUUCCAGUCGCAGAUUUGGGACCCGGCGCUUGCGAAGGACUUUGCUGAGACGUAUCAGAUUGCUAAUGCUAAUGAAGGUAGUGACCAACAGCAAUUUUACCAGCGGCAGCCGCCGCCUCAAAAUCUUGGACUCGGGGCAAUUGCGAACGGAAUUAAUGGUGCUAAUGCAAAUGCGAAUGGUAAUGGGAAAAGGAAUAGUUAUUCACAGAUGCUAAUACAAGGUACACCUCGGAAUUCCUGGAAGCGUACUUCGUUCUUUAGGCCUUCACCUCCGCCAAAGGACGACGACCUCGAGAAAUUCGACUGGCGGAAAUUCGGUAGCCCAUUCUCGUCAAAUGAGAAACGAACUUCGAGGGAUAGAGAUAGUCGAGAUGAUUGGGGUCUUUCUGUUCGUCUUGCACUGGCGAAGUUGGAGAAUAAGAUAGCUACGGAGGCGAAUAAUGAUCCUGCGAAGUUUAUGAAGGCGAGGAGGGAGUCUGCGCAGUUGAGGGCGUGGAUUGCGAGUCAGAGACGGACGAGUGAGUCGAGGUUGAGUAAGAUUGCGAGUGCGAGGCAGCAGUUGAUGUCGUUGGGUGUGACGAUUGGAUCGGGUGGUGCUGCUUCUGGAGCUGCUGGUACUGGUGUUGGUAACGGGAUUGGUGCUGUUCCUGCCGGUCGUGUAAGUGCUGGUACGAAUGCUACUGGGAGUGGAGGGAAUGGAGCGACGAACACGCUUGAACAGGACGACGACGCGUUCGUUGCGGAGCUGCUACGCGAGAACGAGAUCAAGCUUAAACAUAGUUCGAACCCGAUGGGCGAAGCGGAGCGGAUGUUUGGCCCUCCAAACUCGAAUCACCAUUAUACGCCGUUCUCGCAGCAUCCGGCUGGACUUGCGACGUUACAAGAGGAAGAAGCCGAAGGAGAGUCAAGGGAAGGAGAUCACUCCGAGAAAGCACAGCACUUGAUCACAGGUGAUGCAGGUAUCGGUGCACACCCAACAGUACGAGACCGACAAAUAUUGUCAACGUCAACGUUCUUCCGUCCCGGCCCACUCAGGAGUAGAGCGAAAAGUAGCGUCUUCUCGAUCUUUGACGAGAAGAAAGCCGCGCGGCGGGAAGGGAGGGAGUAUAAAUCUAAAUCCAAGUUCCUUAGUACCGCUACCAAUACUACCAAUGCGACCUCGACGACGGGAACUUCGACGACAACGCAGAGUCAGAUUGAUCAGGUUGAGAUGCAGGAGGCGAGAUGUUGUGGGUUGUGGAAGCCGAAGGCUUUCGUGGAUGAGAUUUCACAGGACUCGGACAUGGUACGCAAAUAA